AUGGCGAAAGCAAUCUUUCAACGACGAUUGGUACACAGUCGAAAAAGUGAUUGUGACAAUGCUGAUUAUCUGAGAGUUAUUGGAGCUGGAUUAGGACGUACAGGUACAUCAUCACUCAAAGCUGCGCUUGAAUUACUUGGCUUCGGUCCUUGUCAUCAUAUGUCCGAACUAUUCGACAAGCCUGAUCGUAGUUUACAAUUUAUUCGAGCAUUCGAUGGAGACAAAGUCGAUUUUCAUGAGUUAAUGAAAGGAUAUGGAUCAACAGUUGAUUCUCCGACAUCGGAUUUUUAUAAAGAAAUUCAUAAGGCUUAUCCGAAAGCAAAAAUUGUGCUCACUCUACGAGAUAGUGACGAAAAAUAG